ACUUUUCCUGGCCAAUCGCUUUUCACUAUACUCGACCCUCGCAUAAAUCCAAACGUUUUUCACCAACCGUGAAUCUACAUACAGUUUCCGCGGAAGCUUAAAGCUCUUCCAAUCUCGUUGGUGCCAAUAUGGAAAUGUGUCUUCUAACACAGUUCGGCAGAACAAAUAGGGAAAUAUCUGACAUCGAUAAGAAAAAGUUUAAAUUGGUUUUUGAGCUGUGUGACAUUGACAAGAAAGGCUUCUUGAACAGAGAAGACUUGAAGAUUGCGGUGGUCAUGCUGUUUGGAUAUAAACCUUCAAAGUCCGAAACUGACAUGUUAAUGGAUCAAGCCCAGGAAACCGAUUCACCAGGGGUGAGUGUGGAGAUGUUUGUGUCUCUCAUGGGGAGAAAGUUGUCAUCAGAGGACCAAUACCUGAAGACGAGGCAGAUCUUCAACGCCUUCGAUGUACACUGUCGUGGUUUCCUGAAGUUGGAGGACUACAGAAGAGCCUUUAGUAAGGUUGCUCCUCUUCUGCCGCAGAGGACUGUCCUGGAGGCUUUCAGGCUGGCCGACCAGGACGGUGACGGGCAUGUUAGCUUCAGAGACUUUGACUGUGUCAUGAGUCAUGGACAGGCCAACAGCUAGCUGAUGGUGGACGCUACGUGUGGACAGCCCUGCCCUGGACACCAUCUAAAGGAAAUCAGCCUCGGAGUCCACAAUGAAGGGAAACUAUGAAACAACUUAUGCUGAAGGAAUUCUGGAGCCCAUUUCUAAAGUGCUUCUUGAGCAACCUCUGGCAACUUAGACAGGAAACUUGAGACCCAGCCAUCUCGCUCUCUCUCUCUCGCUCUCUCUUUCUGUCAGCCUUUUCACUGUCCCUCCCACUUCCUCCGUCCUAUCUUCUCUCUCUGUGUCUCUUCCGCCAAACCCCAUUAGGGAGGUCCCGUCCCAUAAUCCCCCAGUCUCUCAAAUCCACUUCCAUCUGAGAGGGAGGAGGUUUAAAAGGGGGCAGGUUGCAGCCUAAUUGAAUAUUACCCAUGGCAGAAAUCAGAUUGGACUUUUAAUCAGACAGGGCUUCUGAACGGCCCUAUCCGCACUUGCAUGGCCUCUGUGUAUAAAAACCGUGUUGUAUUCAUUAUUGCAGCAGAACGUGGAAAGAAGUACUUCGUAUUGGACAGGUAAUGUCCAUGUUUUAGUCCGUUUAAGGCCUGAUGAAUAGGGCCCUGUGUGACUGAUACAGUGGGGAUUGGCCAGCGCUCCACUUGGUCACGUCGAUUAUAACGCUGUAAAUACCAUGUUUGUAUUUGGGAGAGAUUUACGACGACGGCCCUCCCGUCUGAAUAAAGAUUAAUUAGUUUUUGUAAUCAAAGUACCCGAGUAACUGGAGCUGUGCAACAUAUACACUCACCACAUCACGCAGUACAGGAACACACAAGCACGCACACACACUCAUAAACAUGUAUAAACAGACACGGGCGCGCAGAAACCCACACUGAUACACUCAUGACUCACACAUACACACACACACACUAAAUCGUGUUGUUAAUCCAUCCCAGAGAGGACUCAAGGGGCUGCAAAUAAGGAAAUGGACUUGGAGUGAAAUAUAAUCAAGCAGUUGUUUAAUCAAAAACAGUACGUGCCUGAUCCAGCCGCCGUCUCAUUUUCAGGAAGUGGCAGUACCAGCCGUCCGAUACGUACGGCGAGAAGAGACUCUGUGACUGGAUUUAAUAAAUCCUCCUCCCAUUUUACACAGGGAGGGAGGGGAUGGAGAGACCCAGUGAGGUCGAGAUGGGAGAGCGCCGUGGCUGCAGAGAGACACCGAGCAGUAGAAAAAAUAGAGGCAAUGAGGGAGAGAGAGAGUGGCUGAACUGACCCUUGGGUUUCUCCAGCCGCAGUGGUUUGGCGUUGACAGAAGGAAUGGAAGGAAGGAUGUAUGCUGCUCAUUGUUUUGCUGUUGGACUUGCUGAAACCACAGUAUACACACAGUGUGGCAGGGCUAGGUGUCUUUCUGCUUUCAUUGUAGCCACUCUUCAGAUUUUCCAUCCUUUCGUCUACCUGCCACGCUAACCGGGCUGCAGGACAAACUGCUGUCUUGUGCUUUCCAUGGCCGUCCCAUCCAACAGAGGCUGUUAGCCUAGCCAUCAAGACCCAGAAACAGGCCAAACACAUUUAAGCUAGGCUCUAGUCCAGGGAGGCUGGCCUGUUUGUGUGUGUCUGUGUGUGUCCGUUUUAACAAGCGUUUGUGUAUUGGCCUUUUUUGGAGAUUGAAAGUUUUUGACCUGUCUGACUAAUUUCAAGUUUUUUAUAUGUCUGACUAAUUUUGACUAUUUAGUUGAAAUGAUAAUGUAAUGUUGUGUAUAUUGUAACUUUGUUAUGCUAGUAUGUACUGAAGCCUCCAAAUAUUCAGUUGUGUCUCUGUUUCUAUGUAAGUCCCAUCCCAGCUUGUGUUACCGUCAUACCCACAGUGCAGUAUGCACAGUCACACUGCUAAUUCUGCCGUAAAACCACAUGCCUGAAAUAAAACUCCCUCAGAUGAGUCAGCGCGUUGGGCCGACACGACAGAGCCACGCCACAGAGACAGGGACGGAGGUAAAGAGGACUGUGGCUUUAUGCCGAUUGGCUGAUUGCCCCAGGCGCUUGGCUCCUAUUGGCUCUUCUGUGCGUGUGUGUUUGGGUGCAAAUGUGUUCGCGAGAAAAUGUGUGCGUACGUACAGCACGGUAUGUGCGCUGUUGAGACGAAACGAUGAGUCAGCAGUUUGACGUGCUCACACAUGACCCAAGCUGCUAUCUCGACACACACAAACAGUAGUGAACUGUACCCUCUCAUACACACACACGUCCAACGUGGUGUGUAGACAGACUGUCUCUCCGGAACCCCACACACACCGUGUCUCACAUGUAUUGUGUGUCAUGGCCAAGUGUCCCUCUCGGAUAGUGUCCCUAAAUGGAGCCAUCGCUCCUGUCUGUCUGUGGUCUACCCUGUAUGUACACCAGCUCCCUUCCCCUCUUGUUUCUUUCUUUCUCUCGCUCCCUCUUUCUAUCCAUCCGAAUGGAAAUGAGGCCUGGAAGGGGAGCGGAACGAGGGCCAACGAGGAGCGCGUGGAGCAGGAGCAGAGAACAGGGGAGAGGAUCUCAUUAAUCAGCAGUGGCAGAUACAAAUGAGGGCCCUUGCUCUCUGCCUUACCUGCUACACAGUCACAGCUACUCUCACUCUUUCUCUCUCUCUCUGACCUCGACUGGACUUGCUUGGCUCUCCACAAUGUCACUGUGAACCCAAACCCCC